GCCGGCAUGGCGGGGAGUUCAGACGGGAGUGGAGUGGACAUCGCUGAUGUGGAUGGGAGACAGCAGGGAUGGUCUUAUAACGGGGUGCCAGGAAAAAGAUUAGGAAACGAGUUUGUGGGAAGGAGGAUGGAGAAUCCAACUCCGGUGGGGAGAGAAGUGAUCCAGAGAUCCAGUUCUGGAACUAUUCCACUUUCACACAACUCACUAUGUUGGAAGAAACCUGAAAGAAACCAGAAACCUGUGUCAACAACUUCAUCUCCAUCCCACCAGCGUCAGUAGGAUCAGUCCAACAUGUCCUCACCUACAAUGAAUAUUAUUUAGUUGUGUCAACAUCAACUCUGGAAUGGAGGAUUAUCGGCUGGCAGUGAUCUGUCUCCUGACUCUCCUCUCUGUCUGCAGUGCGCAGUAUGAUGUCCAGGUGGUUGGCCAAUCAGAACCAGUUGUUGCCAUCGUAGGUGAUGAUGUCAUCCUCCCUUGUUCUCUGAGAACCACCAUCAGAACCGUCGGCGCUGUUGAUGAAUCAGUGGAGUGGCAGAGACCUGACCUCCAUCCUAAAGAGGUGCAUUUCUACCGUAGCCGUGAGGACUACAAUGAUGACCAGAAUAACAACUACAGAGGAAGGACGUCACUGUUUUACGAAGAAAUGAAGAACGGGAACAUCUCCUUAAAACUGACCGGAGUGAAACUCUCUGAUGCUGGAAACUACACCUGCUUUGUUCCAACACUAAAGAGCCUAGAUCAGAAAGACUCUGUUCAACUCGUUGUUGCAUCUAAACCACAGGUCACUAUUGUGGGUGUUGAAGACUUGGGAGUGGUCCUGAAGUGUGAGGCUGGAGGGUUGAUGUACAGACCUGAGAUGACCUGGCUGGACAGUGAUGGAAACAUCCUCCCUGAUGGACCUACAGAGACAGAGACAGACUCAGAGGGUCACUACACUGUGAGAAGACAUGUGACCAUCCAGAAGACUGACAACAACACAUUCACCUGUAGAGUUCAACAGCAGAAGAUCAACCGCAAGAUGGAGACAGAGAUUCAUGUCCCAGAUCGAAUGUUUCCUGAGCCAUGCCAGUCCUGGUGGAGGGCCUGGGGGUUUGGGGGUCUGACCUGGGGUCUGUUUGUAUUGAUUGUUGUAGUUGUAGUUCUCUACAUCCUGAAUAGAAAAGCUCUACUGCACUGGAGAAGAGGAGAAUUAAACGAGGAUCCACAGAUAAACAGGACAUCUCUGCAGAAUGAGAUUCCCCUGUUGAAUGGGAAUUCGAAUGGGAAUGGGAAUGCACUGUCCAAUGGGAAUCGGCAAAACGGAUUCUUGCCCCGUGAUGUUGAGGCUGGUGUCUAGGACAUUGAUGCCAGCAGCUUUUUCUGCUGGACCUGGAAUUCUCUAGUUGGACAUUGAUGCCUGGACCUGACUGAGGGAAUUGAGCAGGGGUGCUGAUAAUGUUGAUCAUGUGGUGGAAUUGAAUGGAGAACAGUUAAUGACUGGAGACACGUCAACCAUAAUGAUGCACAUCAACCUCGACUACGGACAGAAGACAAAUGCUCAACGGCUGAAAUGACCGGCAUUUUGUUAAACGGACUACCUGAAUCUCAGCGGGAGGUUGAGGAAGUCUCUGAAUGGGGAGGCUCCAGAGGACAAUGCUUUACACCAGGCCUUGCUGGAGAAUGAUGUCAACAUCCACCUGGAAUUAACAUCUGGGCCAGUUUCUACGUCCCAUUUGUAUCGCUUUAUAAAGGUUCAUCUUGAACCAGCGUGCCACAAACGUAAUGCCAAACAUACUAUGAGGUCAAUCUGGUAAGAGCACAGAUGUCACCAGACUCACUCAGGUAUUAUGUACAGACUGUGUGGAUACUAAGUAGCAUUAUGUACGGACUGUGUGGAUAUUAAGUAGCAUUAUUAACAUAUUCCAUAGUAAUUAAACAAUGUCCAUUAUAACAUGUUGGUCAAAUGUAAAAGUAGCACCCUCGCUGUUUCUGGACAUUUUGAGCCUGUAAUUGGACCCACACAUGCUGAUAAUGAACAAAUUAAAAGGACAGUUUUAUUGGAUUAAUCUGCACAACAGAUUUCAGAGGUGCUAACAUAAUUGCAAAUGGGUCUUCUAAUGAUCAAUUAGACUUUUAAAAUGAUAAACUUGGAUUAGCAAACUGUCGUGGAAAUCGCUAAUGGGAAAGGCACAGACUAUAGAUCCCGCCCCUUAAAUCAGAUGCAGAGUGUAAAAGGCAAUGGAAAAAUAUCAGAGACAGAUUUAUUAAAAUACAAGACAAAAACCAAGUGGCUCUGUGAGUGUGUGUGUGGUGUCGCAGUGAGUG